GACGAAAAGAUUUUAAAAAGUAAUUCAAAAUGACGUACCACUCUAUGGUGCAACAUAUCAACACCUUGAUUUUGACCGCCUGUUUGAUUGGAUCGGCCCUCGCUUAUUAUGCAUACACCGUGGAAACUUACAAGGAAGUUGAUGAAUCUUACGAGCCUUUGUGUGACAUCAGCGAACACGUUAGCUGCACUAAAGCUUUCAUGUCAAAAUAUGGAAAAGGAUUUGGACUAAUUCCUGAAGACUCAGAUUUUCAUGUUCCCAACAGUGUCUAUGGAAUACUAUUUUACACUCUGGUUGCAAUUUUAAGUUUUUUCAAUCGACAACCCUACACUGGAAUUCUAGUGGUUUUGGGAUUUUUCGCAAAUUUAACUUCCGUCUACCUGGCCAUAGUUUUAUAUUUACUGAGUGAUAUUUGUCUGGUUUGUGUUACUACAUACAUUGUUAAUCUCUCCAUUGUGGUUUUGGCAAUCAAAAAAGUACAAACAUGUUCUGCAGAAUUGGCGAGAAAGAAGAAGAAAACCACAUGAAAUUUAUCAUCGAUACUUAGGCUUAAGAAAGGCAUCGAAUACUCCAACAUUCUAGAUUUUAUUAUUUUUACUUGUCAACACAAUCUCUCGAUUUUUGAGUGUUAAUAAAUUUUUCAUUUUAAUUUUUCG